AUGCCCGUAAACUCUAGGCCGAAAAAGAACCAGGGAGUCAAUAGAAGUAAAUAUUCACUGUCUCUUAAUAAGAAUAAUGCUGCAAAUCUGAACUGUGUAGUUCAGAAAACAGUUUCCCCUAUAACUAACGAUCAAAAAGAGAACAGGCCUGUUAAAAGACCUCUACAGAGUACCUAUCAAAAUACAUUGAAUGCUGCUAAAAAGUUGAAACCAUUAAGAGAAACAACAUUACAAGCAGGUUCAUUUGUGAAAGCCACCCUCGAAGUGCUAGAACCAAAGACAGGUAGUACUGCCAUGUUGAAUGGCCACCAUGCAUCAGAUAAUCAGUAUGGGGGCCCACAGUCAAAAACCCCUAUUGCUACACUCUCAAACAUGGGGAAUACUUGUUUUCUCAAUAGUGUCUUAUAUACAUUGCGAUAUGCCCCGCAGUUUGUUCACAACCUCCAUCAUUUAGUCUCAGAUUUGGGAAGGGUAGAACAAAAGCUUGGUAGCAUCAGGUUAAAAAGUUCUUCCCUGGGUAGAAGUGCAGCAGGAAUCGCUUCUUCGGGAACAAGGUCAUGGAGUAGCAAAGACUUACUUUCUUUGGGGCAGUCAGAUAAUAAUUCAGCAAAAAGUAAAAUUCAGGUGGUGACAGAGAAACUUCAUGAGACAUAUGUAAACCUUCGAGCGGGAGAAAGCAAAUGUAUCAACAGUGGCUCUAAUGAUUCUAGUCCAGAGGCCUUUGCACCUGAUGCUUUCUUAUCUGCUUUGAGAGAUGUUAACUCCACAUUUGAAGGUAACAGACAACAAGAUGCGCACGAGUUAUUAGUGUGUAUACUGGACAAUAUUCGUGAGACAUGUCGCGCUUUGAGUGCGCGAGCGUCGCGGCUUCAGUUACAGGAGAAUGGGGACAGCAAUGGCCUUGGUCGGGCCCAAAACAUUGAAGAUGGUGGAAAAACAUUAGGCAAUCUACGCAAGUCGUGGAAAAAACGCAAGGAUGUGAAAUUAAAUGAUAAACGGACUUCACCUACGGAGGAGCGGCCGCCUUCGCCCUCUGAUCCUGAGAGAGAUGAGAGGUCACAACCCGGGUGGGAUUUUGUCGCGGAAAGUUUUGAAGGUACCAUGGUAGUACGGACAAUGUGCCUGGAAUGUGAGACAGUGACGGAGAAGGCUCAGGCAGUGUGUGAGCUUUGUGUUCCAGUUGGUGAAGACGAUUCUGCCGAUGAGCCCUUCCGCGCCGCUUGUCUUUCCAGCGAAUAUUUACGCGAUCAGAAUAAGUACUGGUGCGAGCGUUGCCUUCGCUACAAUGAAGCCAGACGAAGUGUGGCCUACUCACGUCUUCCGAGACUCUUAGUUCUCCAGCUGAAGCGCUUUAGCGGUGGUAUGGAGAAGAUCACCCGGUAUGCCCCCACCCCGCUGUUGAUGCCGUGUUUUUGCGAGCCCUGCUCUAAACGACCGCAAGAAAAUUCUCCUACGCAUAGGUAUGUCCUAUGGGGGGUGAUAAUGCACUUUGGGCAAACAUUAACUGGUGGACACUAUGUCGCAUACACACGAGACAACUCCCAAGGAGAUCUCAAAUGUGACAGAGAGACUGAUAACACUACAACUAACACGGGAAGCAGCUUCAUGAGGACACUCUUUAGCAGACCCAGGAACCAACAAACUGGUUGUACGGCAAAAGAAUGCUGUGUCCCAAGACAGAGGCCGGAGAUUGGGUGGCUUUCCUGUGAUGAUGAUGUGGUGAAACCAAUCUCGAAUGAGGAGUUUGAAGAUCUGCUUUCGCCGGAACCCAAAACAGGGUCAGGGUCUACACCAUACCUUCUGUUCUAUGUGAAAAGUGAAGUGGGCUAG